CCAACCUGAUUAUCUUGUAUCUACCCCAACAGUUAGUUUCAGUGUUUUGUAAAGACAAGUACCAUAAUUCUUAUUAGAGUGCGAGCGGAUGGGGCUUCAACCUGGGUGGAGACAGUGGUUCACCCUUCACACUCCCAUGCACACACUCAUUGCUCUUUUUCCCCUCAGCAACAGGGAGAGAGACCCUCAGUCAAGCCUGCCUCUCUCCUGUCUCUGCUGACCCCAGGCUCCUUGCUCUUAGCAUAAGGGACCCCUGCUGCUGUCACCACUACCAGGGUAGCUGCUUUUCGGGUUCUGAUGGGGAGCGGAGGUGGGGAGGGUGGUUGUCUACAUUCAGGGUGCCCCUGACCAAACUCUUCGCAGUGGCAGCUCCAGCAGCGGCAAUAGCUGGACCCAGAUCAUUUGGGUUUUCCCCACCCUCGGCACGGUGUUGAUAGCAGGAACCCCAGCUCCCAGCUCAGUGCCAUACGGCCUAAUUAGGGUAGAUUUAGGGUGGCAAAGGUUGCAGGAGCGAGAAGGGAGUAGAAAGGAGCCCUGUAAGACCCUGGUUAUGGCAAAUCAGCAUGGCAGGAAAUAGAGUCAGGCCUGAGGGAAGGGCCCAGCAUGCCGGGGUGUGGACCCAAUUUGCCGCCAGUUGGGUUAGGAGGCAGAGACAGGCCAACCAGCCAAGGCCGUGGCAGUACAAGUACAAGAACAAAUCCUGCCAGGAAUUGGCCACGGCCGCCGGGGGUACGGCCAUGCAGUUACCAAGGGAUAACCUGACCCCAGGAACGUCUAGAUUAUUAGGCUGGGCAACUGGUCCUAAUCCUUUAGGCAAAUGCCCACAUUUCCUCUGGGUUCAUCCAACCCUGUAUGUGAAAUUUCGUACUCUGGGGCUGAUUUUCUCUUAACUCUGAGUAAGAGUUAAGCAUUUUUAAGAAAACAUCCGUUCUGAAAACAAUCUCUGCCCCCACCAUAAAAGGAAUUGUGUUUUUCCAUCAUCUCUCCCCUAUCCAAAAAUCCCAAUAAUACUGGACAUGAAGGCAAUUUCAUAUCAGAGCUUAGGAAGCUAGAUUCCCCCUUCCCAUUAUGCUUCUGAGUAUAAAAUACCAGAAGAAGCGCUCGGGUCAUAAACAAGAACUCCGGAAAUGAAGGUGAGUAGAUGACAUUUAGAAAGUAAAGGGGAAAAAAAAAAAGUCAGCUCCAGUUUCCUUGAUGACUAAAUAACUCCUUUUCCUUCCUGAUCCCCUCCCUAGAUCUUCCAGGGAAGAAGCCAACCUGGGUGACAUUCCCCUGCCCCAUUACUAAUUUAGGCAAAGGGGCAGAGCUGACGGGCAGUUAUUAAUAAACCAAAAGCCAAGCGAGGAGUUGGAAGGGGAGAGGAACAGCUGCAAAUGGGCAUUAAUUGCUGAUUGGCUGAAAAAUGGUGUUACUCCACUCCCACGUGGACCAGGGAAGAAAGGGGAGGUGGGCCUGAGCAUAUAAAUUCAAGCCUUUCAUUUUCUCAAUGAAGUAGCGAUCGAGGGAGUAUUCUAAGAGUGCUAGGAAUCAUUUCAGGGACCAGCUAGGGCACUAACGCUGGUUACAACUACUCCUCCCCCUCUUUUUGUUUCAUUGCUUUUACUCAAUUUUUAUUUUGCUUUGUCAAAAUCUCUUCUUUGCCUGCUGCGGAGGGAUCAGAAGAUGAAGUACAUUAUAGGCAUAGGAGGUAUGACCAAUGGGGGGAAAACCACUUUGACCAACAGACUUGCCAAAAUCUUACCCAACUGCUGUGUCAUCCACCAAGAUGACUUUUUCAAGCCACAAGAUCAAAUAGAAGUCGGGGAAGACGGCUUUAAACAGUGGGAUGCAAUGGACUCCUUAGACAUGGAUGCGAUGGUGAACACCGUCCAGGCCUGGCUCAGUAACCCAGUGAAGUUUGCCCGUUCCCAUGGAGUUCCCAUCCUGCCCAGCUCUAAAGAACCCAUCUCUGCAGACGCUCACAUCUUAAUCCUGGAAGGCUUCCUGCUGUACAACUAUGAGCCCCUGGUGGAUCUGUACAACCGACGGUAUUUCCUGGAGGUCCCCUACAAGGAAUGCAAAAGGAGAAGGAGCACCCGCCACUACCAGGUCCCAGACCCCCCAGGUCUUUUUGAUGGACAUGUCUGGCCUAUGUAUCAGAAAUACAGGAAGGAAAUGGAAGCGAGUGGUAUUGAUGUGGUAUACCUAGAUGGAAUGAAGUCAAGAGACGAACUUUUCAAUCAAGUAUUAGAAGACAUUCAAAACAAAGUCUUAAAUUGUUUCUAGGUAAUUAUUCAUUAAAGAAGGGUCGGGGAAUGUUUCCACCCAUUCUCCAGAAUUUGCCUCACCCCAACCUAAGUAGUAUUGCUAAGAUAUUGAGGUCAACUUUGGCCGAUGGGGUUGGGUUGUACAAUACAAUCUCAAACCUAACUCACAUUAUCUCAUUUGAGAAGGAUGUAUAUAAUCCAUAAGUAACAGUGAUAUAUUUACAUCAUCAUCCUCCAUCGGAUGUUGCUAGGGUCUUUCCAAUGUAUUCUAUUUAAAAUGCUUUUCAUUAUGUAACCAUUAGCAUAUCCAUUCAAAAAAAGACAAAUCUGUUUUUUGUUUUUCUCUAUCGGUGUGUUUGAUGUUAGUGUAGAUUUUUUUUUUACAGCCUAUGUUCAACCAGCUGGCUUUUUCCAGAGCACAAUGCUCCUUGAGUAUUUCAGAAGCUGGCUUUUGAUUUAUUUACUGGCUCUUCCUGUACUGCCUCGCAUUAAAUAAAACAAAAUAA